AACCCAAACUUCAUCCAAACCCAAUAAAAAAAAAAAAAUUGGGUCAAAAAAACACUUUACCCUCAAGAGCAGAAAAAACACAACAGAUUCGUGUUUCAACCUCUCCUUUCGAAUCAGAAGCUAAGAGUUUCAGAAGAUUCAUGGAUGAUAGUACUCCUAGGAAAUUAAAGAUAUUACCUGAUCACUUUACUCUUCCUACUCCCACCACCACAGAAGCUUCUCAAGACCAUUCCUCUUCUUCUCCAUCAACUUCACACCCCAAAGAAGAUAACAUUUCUUUAAGGUCUCAUAGUCAAGGCCAGUCCAGUACUCGCAGAAAACUUAAAAGAGCAGCACUAAUGUUGAAUCUCUUCUCUCUUCGCCGUCUUCCUUGGGUUUCAGAUGGUCAAGAAAAGGUAGAGCUAUCAGCAGCAGAGUUAGAGUCACUUAGAUCUGAACUUUCUGACUUAGAAGAAAGAGAAUCUUACCUCAAAGCACAGUUGGAACAUGUGGAUGAAGUCUUGCGUUCUGCUCGUUUAUCUGGCUAUCUCUUUAUCCGAAGUCGUUGGGAAGCUCUACCUGGUGAACCACCUCCACUAGACGAUGCAGAAGUAGAUGACUGGCUUCCUAGAUUCGUCGUCCUUCAAGGACCUUGUCUCUUCUUCUAUUUAUUAUCAACUGAUUUGAGUCCUCAAGAUUCGACAUUGCUAGCGGAUAUUGUUGAAGUUGGUUCGUUGCCAAGCUACACGAGAGAGUUUGAUGAAACACAUCACUGCUUUUAUAUCUUGACACGUCAAGGUCUAAGGUUUGAGUGCUCAAGCAUUUCUAAAACACAGGUGGAUUCGUGGUUGUCUGUGUUGCGACAUGAUUGCAGGUCUGAGCCAGAAGAAAGGUUACCAGAUGGUUCAAGGGAUGUGGAGUAAAUUGAAGAUUGUUUCACACUUUAACUGCUCUGUGAUAGUAGUUUUCAUUUUUUCUGUGUAUAUAGAAUGCUUCUUUUAAGAUGUAGUUAGGAUUCACGUCAUUGAAAAGUCUUUUACUGAACUAUUGGUGAUUAUAACAUCAUAUAACUUAUUUGGCUUUGUUAGUUGGUGAAUUGAUGUGAGAAGAAUAAGAACUUUGAAGUGGAGUCUCCAAAGUUGCCACCAUAGGCUAGAUCUAGCCAGAAGAUUUUACUUACUAAGAAAACCACAAAGCUUU